UCCCUCUUGUAGUACUCGAAGAGAAUUGCUCGCCGGUAUUAUCAGUGUUGUUUCGAACGUUGUGAAGUGUCUUCCGUUCUACGAAGUUGGUGUCGUACUUCCAGUGCUCCAAAAAAGUGAAUUUGUUUUUUCCUUUCCAAAAAAGAUUGUUAAUUAAGGAUUCUUUUUUUUGUUAUAAAUUCCCCGAUACUUGGGAUUUAUAACAUCUUGAGAAAAAUGUUUUCUCAAAAAUUGCCAAAGGGAGUUUGUCACCCUAAUGAAAAAUUGCAAACAUAUGAGGAAAAUUAAUUGAAAAUCCUGCAAAUUCGUCUCUCUCAACUUUGUAGCAUUUUUCGGUAAAUUAUUCAUUGAUUAACAAUAACAGGAAUUAUUGUUGUUUUCAAAUUAAGAAAAAGGGAAAAAUGCAUAAAAUACGAUUGUAUGUGGUACAAGAGCUGCAGGAGGAGGCACCCGAUGAAGAAUUCUUUGAUGACGAUGAUUAUCCACCGCCAAUGAUGCAGAGAAGAAAUUCUCGCAGACCAAGUUUGUUACGGCAGAACAUCAUUCAAAAGGAUCGUAAAUCUGAUUCAGUUUCGCCGAAAUUGAAGCAAAUUCGUCAGGAGAUGAAUAAAUGUGAUGUUAAUUCAUUGGAAAAGUCAUUGUCUUUCUCGAACAGAGGUGGAAAUUUACUUCCUUUAGAGAAUGGUCUAAUUUAUGAAAAACCACUAGUGCCACCUCCAAUUUUACCAAAAAAUCAUGCCAAUAUACCUCGAAAGUCAGUUUUUGCAUCGCCGAGAAUAAAACAAUUGGCUCUCAAUCUUCAGGAAAAGAUGUUGGAGAGAAAUGCUAAACUGACAGAGAAUGUUAAUAACAAUUUGCAAGAUUGUAAAUCAACGGAAGUUGAUGAUAACAAUAAAUACGGAAUGUGUCGUACUGUCAAGAAUGACAAUUUUUUAAGAUCACUCACUCCAAUUAUUGAGAAUAUGAACACUAGUGGAGAAACCGAUGACAAAGUUGAGAGACACUCGAAUAAUUCGUGGAUCAUUCAAAAUUGUGAAUACGAUCAAGUAGAUAGUGAAGAACGAAAGAAGAAUAGAAUUAACGAAAAAUUUUCCUCUUCCUCGCCAAUAAUUCUUCACGAUAAACGAAUUUUGAUUCAAAACAAAAUCAAUCAUGACGACAUAAUACAGGAUGAUGCUUCUAUCAAGAGUAAUAGUUCCACAGGGUCCACGAUCGUUCGUAGGAAUAAUAAACUCAACAGAUAUAUGGAUUAUGACCUCGAGCAGAAGAUCGAAGUGGAGAUUAAAAUGCGAGAAGGAUCGACGAGACUUUUGGCAGCAUCUCGACAUCGUGCGCAAUGCUUGGAAGCUGCCAAAGCACUCUUGACAUCCAACGAAAGGAUGUCCACGUACAUGGCUGAAUUACAACGUCGCAAAUCGAGUGUACAGACAGUCAGUACUGCAAGAGUCUCAUUUUCGGAUCUGAGGGUGCCUCUAAUGUGGAGAGAUUCGGAUCACUUCAAAAAUCGAGGAGAUUAUAGAAGAUUUGCCGUCUUCUGUUUGGCUCGUAUUGGCACUGAAAUUCACGACACUGCACUUCUCUGGCCCGUCGAUCGUGUUCUUACCGAUAUCAGCUUUCCAGACGUUUUAGUAUUUAAUAACGUGCCAGAAAAUUUCCAAUUGACGCUUGAGAUAUACAGCCAUAUUCUUCAGGAAGAUAUGAGUAUUGCGAGCACACCACGAAGAAUCAAGAGGACAAUUCAUUCCUCGAUUUCAAAAACAGUUGGUAAAAAAUUGGCCGCUUCCCUGCGUGAUGAGCUUAACUCGGGAAAAAUGGGACCACAAUUUGAAUUAAUGGCAUCGGCGAGAUUAUCGUUGGACGACACGGACGAUAAUAUUCAUACACACGAUUUGGUUAUCAACAAUUUGGAAAAUAAAAAUCACGCACUACCUCUGUUCGGGCAUUUUUGCUGUCGUCUGGCUGCUCAACCAGACUGCGUGAGUAAAGAAAUAUGUACAGGAAAUAUUAAUUUGAAUGGACGAAAUUGUUGGGCUCGACUGCAGGGAUUUGAAAUACAAACCUGGGAAUCGAGAAAAUUAGCUGAAGAAGAUCAAAGUCCUGCUCACGUCAUUGCUGUUAAUAGAGAAACUUCCAUUCAGCCGACAAAAUCUUCGAAGGAAUUGCGCAUUAUUAACACUAUCGACGGUGCUGAGAAAACGUCAAUAAUCAAAUUAGAUUCGAGUGAAGAGGCUCAAAAAUGGCUGAGACAACUAAACACUCAUGUCAAGGAUCAUCUCAGAUGGAAGCACGCUGCCGAAUCUUUGCAAAAUGUACCAAAUGUCGAUACUGCUAGAAAUUCAUUUAUAGGUAAUAAAAGACAGGGAUCACUGUACGACGAGACUCCAUUAAUUGAAUCCGAUUAUUCCUCUUCACGUCCAACGGUGCAGGAAAUUUUUGGAUUAUCGUCAAAUUCGUCGACAUUAAGAUUGCGAUCCCACAGUACAAGUGGUACAAGAAAACUCGAAACUCUUAUGGCCAUUCUCCAACAGAAGUCACGAUUAGGUUGAUCAAAUUUACCAAUAUCAAUAUAUACAUUUAAAAAAAAGGAAAAAAAAGUCUCCAAGAGACUUUUUUGUAGCAAUUAUCUGUUCUUGUGGAACAAGAAACCAGGACGACUUGCUGGACAAUUAUGUAUUGUAUUCUGCGUAGGAGUUUCCGACAAAGAGACUUGAUUAUCUUCAUAGUCUACUACUACUACUACUACUACUCGAUUUGAAAAGACUGAUUGAAAAGAAAUGUAUAAAA